AUCACCUUGACCGUCACAACGAGAGACCACAGAGCCAUUCAUCAUGCCCAAAAUACUCAUCACCCGUCAUGUUGGCGAGGACGCCAUGCACCUCCUCGGGACAUCAGGUUUUGACCUCAUCAUCAACCCUAACAACGCUCAACCGCCUCGAGAAUGGGUUCUGGAGCAUCUCAAAGAUCCUGAAGUCAUUGCGGCCUGUAUCAUGCAUUCCCAACCGAGCGAUAAGGUAGAUCAAGAGUUUCUGGCCGCAUGUAAUCCAAACUUGAAGACUAUCUCGACGUUCUCUGUAGGGUUUGACCACAUUGACGUCAAGGCUGCUCAUGCGAAAGGGAUCAAGAUUGGACAUACACCUGGUGUCCUGUCGGAUGCAGUGGCGGAUAUCACUGUCAUGUUGGUAUUGAUGACUAUGAGGCGGGUUGAAGAAGGUAUCGCUCUAGUCAAAGAAGGAGGGUGGCCUAAACUCCCAUGGGCACCUUUCGUCCUUUGUGGGCCUACCAUCUCCCACCCUUCUCUCAACAUUGGCUUCCUUGGAUUUGGCCGAAUCUCUCAAGCUGCUUUAUCUCGCCUGCUGGCAUUCACAAAUAAGGAGCAUCCGCCGACCAUUCAAUACGUGUCAUCCAGAGAACGACCUGAUCAAAAGGAGAUCGAUGAGAAGUUCAGCAAAGAGUUUGGAGUGAUCGUCAAGAGGGUCGAAAAGGAGCAGUUGGCUGCCGAGAGCGAUAUCGUCAUCGUGCUUUGUGACCAAAACAAGAACACCAUUGACCUAGUCAACAAGGCCUUCUUAAGCAAGAUGAAGAAGACUGCCAUCUUGGUCAACUGCGCGAGAGGACCCAUCGUCAAUAGUGAAGACCUCGCGGAAGCUUUGGAGAAUGGGACGAUCUACGCCGCGGGUCUCGAUGUCAUAACUGGCGAGCCACACGUGGGACCGGACCACCCUCUUGUCAAGCUGAAGAAUUGCGUGGUUCUUCCCCAUAUGGGAUCAGCAGACAUCGACACUCGAAAAGCGAUGGCCUCUUUAUGUGUCAGGAACGCCAUUGCAGGGGCCAAAGGAGAGGCUUUGGUCGCGGAAGUCAAGGUCUGAGCUGCUAUUGUCAUUCAUGCAAGACGCUUAGUGCAUU